GUGUUGUGUUGUGUUGUGACUGUUCGCUACUCGACCUGUUUGUUGCUCCUUCCAAAAUUCACAAUUUUGAAAAACUAAAACACACUUUCUCGAUCGCAACGUAACUACUGUUGUAUCCUCAAUGGGUCUUCUCUCUCUUUUGCGCAAGUUGCGGUCCGCGCCGGAAAAAGAGCUACGCAUACUAUUGCUCGGACUGGACAAUGCCGGCAAGACGACACUACUGAAACAGCUCGCAUCCGAGGAAGUCACACAAGUGACUCCGACAGCAGGAUUCAACAUCAAAUCCGUUGUGUCGGACGGCUUCAAGCUGAACGUCUGGGAUAUUGGCGGGCAGAGCAAAAUACGCCCUUAUUGGAAAAACUACUUUGAAAACACCGACGUGCUAAUUUAUGUCAUUGACUCAAGCGACAAGAAAAGGUUGGAAGAAACCGGCGACGAGCUUACCGAAUUGCUCUUGGAUGACAAACUCAAAUCAGUCCCGUUGCUAGUGUUUGCCAACAAGCAGGACGUUGUUGGUGCCCUAAAGGCUUCCGAGAUUGCAGAAUGCUUAAAGCUGGUAAAACUGAUGGAUCGUACCUGGCAAAUACAGGGAUGUUCAGCUCUGCAAGGCACAGGAGUGAAGGAGGGAAUGGAUUGGGUUUGCAAGAGCAUAAAAAAGUAAUCCUCAUGAUAAAACGCCUUAUUUAAAUCAACUAACAGCACUGAUACCAUUUUCCGUCCACUUACGAUUCGCUUUAGAUCCCAAGUGCAAUAAAAAAGCCUAUAACUAGAAAA